AUGGCUGAGCUUCCUCGAACCACUUCUCUUGUUCUACAAGUUAGGAACAUCGACAACCUAGACAUCUGGUUACAUGGAUUGGCGCAUCCCAGCGGCCGUACAACUGCAAAGUUACUUAAGCAGCGGUUUGUCUGGCCAGGAAUUAACCGUGAUGCCACCCUCUGGUCCCGACAAUGCGUUCCUUGCAAGCGGGCCAAAAUCCAUCGCCCGGUGGACAAGAUCGAUGUUCCUGACAAUCGUUUCGAGCACAUUCACGGUGAUCUGAUUGAGUUUCACACUAUCCGUAACUUACGCUACUGUCUUACCAUCAUCGACCGCUUCAGAAGAUGGCCUGCAGCUAUUCCACUAUCCAACAUCACCGCGAAGACUGUCGCGGCAGCUCUGAACACACAGUGGAUCUGCAUGUUUGGCUGCCCACUCACUAUAACAAUGGACCACGGAACUCAAUUCGAAUUCUCAUUGUUUGCUGAGCUGGCUAAACUAAUUGGAGCCGAAAGGAUACGUACAACCACAUAUCACCCUCAGUCAAACGGCAUCGUGGAGAGAUGGCACCGUACCCUCAAGGCCGCCCUGAUGUCAAAGAUCACCGAGCAACUACAUCAACAUAACAGGGCAGCCCGACCUACUCCUACACCGCAUCACGCUACACCACCUGUUUUCAUAUGUAAGGACCUGAGAACUUGUACGCACAUCUUUAAGCGAGUGGCAUCUGUUAAAAAACCACUCGAACCGCAUAUCACGGGACCUCAUCGGGUAAUACGCCGGGUUAAUGACCAGUUCUACAUCAUCAGCAUUCAUGGACAAGAGAAGGCCAUAUCAGUCGACCUCCUCAAGCCUGCCUUCAUAUCUGAAGCUGACGCUUGCGAAGACCACCACGAGGAUCCACCGCCUGACCAACCGAUUUCGCAGUCACUUACGCCACCGAGCCCUGCAUCUGCAGCUCCAGAAUUUAUACCGUUACCUUCACCACAUGGCGAAGUCACUGGAGGGGGAGUAGAUGUGGCGCCCAGACUAAAGCCCAGUCUGGCAACACGGCGUUAA